AUGUCUUCGUCAAUAGAGAUGAACAGAUACUGGAUUCCCCGGUUGGACAUCCACAAGAAGAUCAUCACUCAAGAGCUUCCUUAUUAUCUCGGGCCGGAUGCAACGGUCAGACCGUACACAAAUGAGGGAGAAGAUGGAUUCCUCAUCACCACUCCGGGCCGUUGCCUGACAGAUGAGCAAAUCGAUGAUAUCUGCAGGAAAUCCAAGGACGUGUGGGAGCGCCAGGCGGCCAUCAGAGCACAAGAGGCAGACAAGCCCCUCAAAAGACCGUUACAUCAGCCGGUGGUGAUAUCCCAAGGGUCAAACGACUCGUCACGGGGGAGACACGAUGCGCACCGAAGCCACGAGCAGCAUCGACGUAACGACAACAGGCGGCGCGAGUGA